UUCAGUGCACCGGCACUCGCUGGUCUGCAGGUUCGUCGUCCCGUGCGUGCUCGCAUUCAAUACUGAACGUGAACUUCGCCAUAAUUAAAGUGACGGCGGUUCCCGGCCGUCGGUGGCUGCGUGUGUGGACGUCGCAGGGAGUCGUCACGAAAGUCGGAGAGGCCCGGUUACCGUGGACGGAUUGAGAGCGACUCCCGCGGGGUCCCGGGGAGACCGUCCUCGACUAGUUUCCCUGCCGGGGGAGACGCCGCACGUCCCGCCGGGACUGCCUGCGCCGAAGCGUAGGCCUCACCGACACCGAUUCUGUGCGUUGAUUACGUUUAAAAAAAACCAUUGCCGUGUUUGACUUUUAACGUCUGCUGAGUUGGUGAGAGACAAAGAGGGCUUGUUUUUGUGGGGCUGUUAUUAUAAUGUGUUAUAAUGCCGAAUUUCGGAGUUUCCCUGCGAUAACAGCAAUGCUGAGCCAUGUCCCGCCUCAACGUCGCGUUCCGUUCACGACACCGAUUUCAAUAUCGAAUCUCUCGAAACGAUCACUUCGCUUUUACAAACUUGCACUCUGCAUUUGAUGACGUUCGGUCAAGCAAUCUCCACGAUCCGCACGCCUGGGCAAGACCCUCAAUCGGCAGUGGAUUGAUUCGUUUACUGCGCAACGAUUAGCGCGGUUGGCAACGUACGGUGCGAAAGAAGUUCAACAUACAUCGGAAUCUGAAUACUUCUCACGGAGGAAUCCGAUGAGCUAUGAAGCUCUUUUUUUCCCACAUGUCCAGUAGAUGGAUACACAUCAUAUACACGUCUCGGGAACGCGUCUGUUUUCGAAUCUACGUGUUCCUCUUUAUGUAUCUAAUAUAUUUACAUCAUAUUUAUCCAUUUACAUCCUGUAAUUGACGUUAUAUAAUCAGCAUCAUGUAUUGAAUCGUAGAAUAUUGCGUAGUAUUGACUGUCGUGAUCAAGUCUUGAGGUUCUCGUUUGUGUUUUUGAAGACCAAAUUUGAUGAUGACAAGAACCAUUACUCGCAUCAGUAAAUGAGGAGACACCUCAUCAUAACUGAGAAAUCAAUAUUUAAACUAAGAGAACCCUCAUCACAGCAAAAACAAUCAAACGUGUAAAUGACAGGUAACCCCAUCAUAACAGAGAGAUCAGAUCCGUAAAUGAUGUGAAACAUCGUCAUAUAAGAAUCAUCGGAUUCGAGUCAAGCAACAUACCAAUGGGCCUGACGACGUUUUCAGUCGGUGUUUAUUAAUAGAGUCCCGUACCAGUGCCGGCUGGGUCAUGUAGCCCGCAUGCCCAGCCGCCGCAUGCCCAGCCGCCGCAUGCCCAGCCGCCGCAUGCCCAGCCGCCGCAUGCCCAGCCGCCGCAUGCCCAGCCGCCGCAUGCCCAGCCGCCGCAUGCCCAGCCGCCGCAUGCCCAGCCGCCGCAUGCCCAGCCGCCGCAUGCCCAGCCGCCGCAUGCCCAGCCGCCGCAUGCCUAAACAGCUUUUGUUUGACCGGAUCGAGGGGGCUAAACGGGCGCGGCACGGGCUAGAGAAGAGAUGGAGUGAUGUGGUACAGGAGGACGUGGAGCUGAGUGGACUUGCCGAUGACUGGUACCAGCGGUGUCAAGAUCGGCCUCAGUGGAGGAGGCUCGUGAAGGACGCUACUGCUGCUGGGCAGUGCCAGGCUAGGUGCACCGUGAGGCUACUGGGCAGUUGGAGGCAGUCGCCCUCCAACAACAACGGAGGGCGGAGGAGCGACGCUCACAACAACGAGUGGAGCGCCGGGGACCAUGUCCUCGGACACACACUCGUGCGUCAUCUGCGGCGAGGUGGGGCUGUCGGCGUCCGAGGUGCAGACGCACUUAUUCAUCCACGCCGAGGUCUCCCCCUCGUGCCCAUUCUGCUCCCUGUCGAGCAUCUCCCUCGACGAGCUCCACUACCACAUCGCCGUGGCGCACGCGGAGACGAGCGCUGGCAAGCCCUCGACGUUGCCGCCACCCGCCAGUCGGGAAAACGGAGCGCGAGGUGGGGCGGAUGGCAGAGAGGCUGACGAUGCGCUGAGUUCGGCUCGACAGCGACCGGCACCUUCACAAGGCCCCCGGAAGAGUCGCAGUCCCAGCGGCGGCCAAAAGGCAACAUCCUCGCCGGAUGGUGCCGACACGACUGACGGCGCUAUGCCAGUGGUCGCCGCACGAGCCACUGACUCGACCCGUCCCCGUGGGGAGAAGUACGGGAGCUUCCUGGGCAGGCUCGGGGAAUCCCAGAGUGAACGGCGGCGUUUAGACGGUGGCGUCUCUGACCGUGGCUCCCAGGAGGCGGAGGUGGAGGCUCCGAGUCCCUCACGUUGCAGACAAAAAGGCGUGGAGGACGUACGCGUGGAGUGCCCGUUCUGCGGGCUGAAGGAGUCGGGAGAACAGCAGAUCCUGCAGCAUUUACAAAGUGUCCACGCAGAUGCCAUGGACACUCCUCAGAAGGCCGCGUCACGACCGUCAAGUCAAGGUGGGGAGCGGAACAUGGGCAGGGUUGCGUGUCCGGUUUGCGACACCACCCUCUGCUCGGAACGGGAGCUGCAGCUGCACGUGGAACAGCAUUUCUCCGGAGGCGAAGUUGGCGCACUGGAGGAUGAACUGCUGGCCGAGGCGCUGCAGAACGAGGAAGUCGUGCGGCGCCAGGAGGAAGACCGGCGAGAGAGCGAGGAGUUCCGUCGCCUGCAGCGCGAGCACGGCAUGGACGGGCGCGGGGGCUUUGCGCGCCAGGCCCAGCGCAGCCUGCAGAGGGACAUGGAGCGCGGCGCCAUCUCCCCGCUGGAGCUCCACGAGCGCCGCGCGCAGCUCCUGCAGGGCCUCGCCGACGGCCGCGACGACGGCAACACGCGCACCGCCGGCCUCACGGCGGCGCUCGCAAGGGUCUACGGCACGGGCGCGGCGGUGCGGGACGUGGCGCGCGUUUGGCUCGCUGCCGACACGAGCCACUACCGGGGCGAUGGCGGCGACCGGGGCUGGGGCUGCGGCUACAGGAACCUGCAGAUGCUCAUGUCGAGCCUGGCGCGACUCGACCGCUUCAGCUUCCUGGGGCUGCAAGGCGGCGCCCGGAUGCCGGGAAUCCCGCGGCUGCAGGCGCUGGUGGAGGCGGCGUGGGAGCAGGGCUUCGACCCGCAGGGGGCGUCCAACUUCGCCGGGAAGCUGCGGGGCACGCGCGCCUGGAUCGGCACCACGGAGCUCUACGCCCUGCUCACCUCGCAGCGAGUGCGCUGUCGUGUCGUGGACUUCCACCGCGCCACGGGGGAGGGCGGCACCCACCCGCUGCUCUUCGCGUGGGUCACGGAUUACUUCCGGGGCGGGGGUCAUGAGCGGGUGCCCCCGCCGGCUCAGCUCGUGGUGUCCACUCGGCUGCCUCCGCUCUACCUGCAGCAUCAGGGUCACAGCCGCACGGUGGUGGGGCUGGAGGAGAGGCGAGAUGGCACUCUGUGGCUGCUAAUCUUCGACCCGGCGCACAGCGCGCAGACAACGGACCAGCUACUCCGUGCCGCCACCGGUAACACCGCCGCCGCUGCCGCUGCCACCGCAGCUCUCCGCCCGUUCCGUCGGCCCGUCGGGGCUUUGCGGCACCGCCAAUACCAGGUUCUGGCGGCCGAAACGACGGAGCUCACCGACGCAGAGAGAGAGGCCCGUCGCACGGCUUCCCAGGUUUUCGUGGCCGAGAGGAUUCCCUGACGCACCGUGGUUGGGGGACCGCGUGCCGGCCCGCUCCCUGCCGCCCCUACAAGCGGGGGGGGAACCCUCCAACCCUCCCGUCACUCGACACGGCCGAGAACGCCUUUGCCUCGCUUUGCUGCAACGAGUCCCAAAGUCGACGAGACAAAAAUGACGAUGUCAGGAUUCAGGACGGCCGUGGCGUCCACAAAUGCAUUGUGGUUUGGAGAUUUGCCGCCUUCUUUGUUUGCCAAACGUGCCUGGUGCCUUUUGUGUACGGACAGGGUGGUACAACAACGUCGUCAAGUUAAGAACCUUACAGUGGCUCGAUCCAUUGCCCUGCAGGCUGGGAGAUUGUCGAUUGAGGUUCGGCCGCCAGGCUGAUGGUGACACGAGGUCGCGCUUUCUCACUUAACAGUGGGCCGGGUUAAGGCUGCCAUCUUCCACUCAAACAUUACAGUGAGAGCUGCAGAUACUCACCAAGUCUGCCCAGGGAUAGAUCACAGUCUUUUUUAAAGCUUGCAAUAAAGCGUUUUUAUAUUUUUGAAAUAUAUGUUAAGUACGGUUGUGACUGCGCACAUUGACGCCCGUGUGCCUACGCCAGGGUUCAGCCCAUCUUGUUAGUGUAGCCACACCACGUGAUACUCAUACCCAGCCCUGAGAUGAGGAAACGAUUUAAAGUGGUGGAUGAUGUCAUGUUCUGAUGACCGAGUGAAGCUGGUGGUAAAUGAUCAUGAUUGACCUCCGAUUAUCACGGUUGGCUACGUACGGUGCAAAAUUUCUACGUACAUACCUACAUUGUGAAUGUUGUGUUGUGGGUUUACUCUCCAACACACCCGUGUGCCGUACUAGUACCGAAUUGGCAUGUUGUGUUUACGUGACAAACCUUACCAAUUGGCUGUCGGGUGGUGGUGGCGGGUUUAACGACAUUUACGCAAUCUCACCCAAAAAACGGAAUAUGAACCUACAUGAUCGAUUCUCCUUCCUUGUGUUUCCUCUCACUCACGUGGGCCUGACCUUCCUGCGCUGCUUCUACACUCGCUUGUCCUGGGCCAUCACCUCCAACAUCCAGUCCCACGCAUCCCCGACACACCGCCUCGCUUCUUGGUCUACCUGUACCUUUACACCUUUUGAUAAUUGACGAUUAUGUUUCAGCGGUUUAGGGGAAUUGAGACAUCCCGGCGUAGACGCUUGCUUUGUCGAAAUCAAAUCUUUGCCGAUGAUGAUUUGUGAAUUUGGUUGGUAUUUUAAUUCGUGAAAGGAAGCCCGAUUGCCGUCCCAGCCGAGCCGGAUCUUGGCCCCGGUGAAGUCCCCCCCCAUCAUCAUCACCGUUGAGAGACGCUGUCAUCACAAACGAUUCACCCCUCGAGCGUCGAUGUAAAAAUGUUUAUUCCGGUGUUGCGUCACGCCGGUUGUCACGAUGAGAUGGAAGGCGUGCACACGAGCGGGUGAAUCGACGAGCGAGCUUCAAAAUAAUUGGGCCAAUAAUACUUUGUCAUUGUGUGCACUACUGCGCGUGUCCUACGACAGUAACAGUGCUUGGAGGAUUCCACCUCCCGCGUUGUAUAACAAAGGCAGGCAACGCUUCAAACGGAGCCUCGUGCAUA